AUGGCCAAGCGCACAAAGAAGGUCGGCAUCGUCGGAAAGUACGGUACCCGAUAUGGAGCGUCACUGCGUAAAAUGGUCAAGAAGAUGGAGGCCGGUCCAAGUAAUCCAUUCAAGAGUGAAAAUCAAAAAGCUCAGAAGAACGUUCUUACAGGGUGA